AUGGGAUGGGGUUCACAAGAGAGAUCUUCGAUCACUAAUCGGGAGCUUCCGCCCACUCCACCUCACCAACCUCGCGCUUCGCUAUUGGUCAUCAACUCUAUCGUGGACAAUCCCGCCUUCCAUCGGAUCCAUAUCAUCAACCAGGCCAGCAAGAGUAGGGAUAUGACGAGCUCUGAGUCGGAAGAGCAGACACAGCCGUCGCGCAAGCGCUCGCGCAGGAGUAAUAGCGGCGAAGAUGGUGGGGCUUUGGGUAAGAAGGCUAGGGGACGACCGCGGGUGGAUACACAGGACGCUACGGCGGCGGAUAGGCGGAGAACACAAAUCCGGUUGGCCCAGCGUGCCUAUCGCCAACGGAAAGAAACUACAAUCGCCUCACUAAAGAACCAAAACACACAGCUUCAAUCCAUCAUCGAUCAGAUGAACAAGACAUUCCUUCGAGUGAACGACGCAACGCUAAAAUCAGGCUUGUUGCAAUUGAAUCCCAAUCUAGUUCAAGAGUUCAAGCUUGCUACGGACACGUUUUCAAGUCUGAUCAAAACAACUAGUGAAGGUCAAUAUGAGGGAGAGGAGGAUGCCGAACCUUCCCAGAAAAUCCCAGAUGGUGUAGUUGCGCAGGUACCACCUCAGCCAGAACCGGUAACUCAAGAUAUCGGAUGGGGUUACUCGGCGAUCUCAGGUCCAGUAGCGAAGGGAAACUUUGCUCAUACUUUGAUUCAGGAUAAUUCACAGCAAGCCCAUUUGGGCCAAUCCCCAACGGAUGGCUACUUCUCGAACAUUGUUCCCGUCUAUGAUCAGUCGGACUCGGGCACAAGCGGCGUUGUUAGACGCCGUCAAUUUACUGUCUCAGAUGUACUAAGCCAUUCACGCCGAUCAUCAUAUGCUCCUUCCAACUCAUCGCCUUCGCAUUCAACGCCACAAUCCGUGCAGCUUCCUUUCGGUCUUGUCGACCUUCUCAGUCAACAGCAACAGCCUUACACACCACACAAUGUAAACGUGUACUCCGUCGACAUACCAACCCCUGACGUUACUCCCCCCACAACCAGGCUGCCAACACCACCUCUCUCCGUACCGAAGAUUUCGACAAAGUCUCUCCCUGCAGUGACGACUUACAGCUUCGAAGAGAGGACGUUUGCUAGGCGGUUAUCACGGACUGCGCUUGAGGCUGGAUUCCACCUACUCAGCAAUGCCAAGUCGGUGACUCCUAUUAUAAACCACAUCUUCAAGUUCUCUCUGCCAUACAUGACCUUGGAUCAAAUACGAGAGCGCUUUCGAAGAACUAUAUUACGGACUAUCGAUGAGGAUCUGGACUGGUGGGACUCCCCUUUUCUCCAUGUUGGCGGUGCAGGUACACACUACCCGCGACGAGAUCCUGCUGGUAAUAUAGUUCCAAUAAAGAAUGCAUGGACUGUGAGGCAGAUUGGGCCACUGGAAAUGAAGGUGGCGUUAAUGGAACAUACGGAGGACGGAAGGAGCGAGGAAUUGAAUGGGGUUGAUCUGAGAGGAUACGAGGGAGAAUGGUUCGAUACACAUGAUGUACAGGGGUACCUGGAGGACUACUACUCGUGUAAAAUUGACCCGAAAAGCUCAUAUGCAGAGUGCUUCAUCGACGACAACGACGAUCAAGUGGACCAGCAUACCACGCGGCCACUAGUGAAUGAGCGCGCACCUCCUCUCAGCCAACUCUCCUCGACGUCCUCGACAGGCUCUACUACUACUGCGAUGACCCCGCCAAACAAUCCAUACAACCUUUCUUGGACCGGACCUUACAGCUUGGACAUGCCGUUCGGCAACGCAACAACGCCUAACUAUCCCAACAACUUUCCCAAACUCGUCAACUAUACGUCCUCAUUCAAAACAUUAGGCAUGGAUCUUGCACCUGGCUUUGACUACGCGUUCGCUAGUGGUAAUACUUUUCCCAUGGGUGGCAUGGAUAUGGGUCUGGGUCUCAUGAGUGGGAAUGUGGAGAGUCUGCCAGUAGUAAGACAGAAGAAGAAGAAGAGCGCUUGGGUUGAUGUUUCCCGGCUUGUAGAAGUUUGCCUCGGACGGGCACCUGGAUACAGACGCAAAGACGUCGACAGAGCGAUACUAAAGUCGCUGAUUUAG